CGGCCCCACUCACAUUUUCCAAAAAAUCAUAGAGCUGUGAAUUAUUCUCAUCCAAGUAAUAGUGCCCCUCCAAGAAAACGUGAGCGACUCCACUGCCUCAGACAUUGGGUAUAAAGACGCCAAGUGAAGGAGGCGACUUCAGCAGCUCCCCCCACUCAAUCUUCAGCAGUCGAGAAUUCCAUCAGUUAUCGUCAGCUUCUGACUUGCUCUAAAACUCAGUGGCAACCAUGGCCCGUUCCAUCAACAUGCUCCUCAUGCUCGUCGGAUGCGUGAUUCUAGCAACCGCAGUCCUAGCUGAGGACUCGGUCUCCAAGAAGAUCGAAAUGCAAUUCUUCGAGCAUGACGGAAGAGAUGUCUUGGUAUUCGAAUGCAUGGAUAAAGAGUUAUGUCCCGCCGUAGAGUCGACAAUGAACACUGGACAGGGACAUAUCUACAACAACAAGGUCACCGCCACCUAUGACCCCGAAUCCGAGCAAAUGGGUACAGUCUCCGGGUUGUACUUCGCCACCUACCCCAAGAAGGUCACAGAGGUGUCCAGCGUCAAGGUUGGGGAUACCUCUCUCAUUCUCCGCGGUCGCUGGAGUUUGGACACCCAGGGCAACGAUCUGCCCCAGCAAGAACUAGCCAUCGUGGGUGGAACCAAAGGAUACGCUGGUGCAUACGGUACAUUGAAGUACACCAAGGUUGGCUCAAAGACCUGGUUGGUGCAAGCUUUGUUUUACAUCGACUUAUCGAAGGUCCCAACUCAGGCCUAAAAUUUCCAUGCACGCAUGAAGAGCUUGUGUGAACAGGAAUGGCUAGCUCAUGAUCUCAUGCUCUUUGCUAGCCUUAAGUACGGUCCUAGUGUGCACUAAAGGUUCAGCAGCCUAUCGAUAUCCGAUCAGUUUCUGUUGAAUUUUGUAUCACGAUGGUUGAGAGCUGUACAUGUAGGUAAAACCUAGCUUCUCGAUGCUGCAACUUGGUUCGCACCUGCCAAUUUAUGUACUGUGCGGAUUUCGGCUGCAUGAACUCUUGGUUUCUAAUAAAAUCACGGAUUCUUCAAUCCCUUCCAGUC